GUUACUACUACUGCUGCUUCUAGCUCUAGCCUUCUAGCUUUUACAGCUGCUCAACAAAUGUAAUGUCACACGUGUUUAUUAGGAAUUAGGCGCUAUUGUCGUCGUUUUUUCAGCAGCCACACUGACGGUUAUUUAACAAAAUGGCUCCAUAAUGUUUUUGCUACGUAGAAAGAAACGAAAAGUUUGUCAAAUUUUCGUUUGAGAGUGAUCUCAGGCGAGUCAGAAGAAGUCCAAAAUGAGUUCUCAGGAGGUGCUGAAGAGUGCUACCACUCUAGUAUCCUAUAAUGUGCUUAUACAGGUGAUGUUCCGUGUCUUCACCUUCUUGCUGAAUGCAUUCACACUGCGGUUUGUGUCCAAAGAGCUGAUUGGAGUUGUCAACGUCAGGCUGACACUACUGUACUCCACAUUAGUGUUUUUAUCCAGAGAAGCUUUCCGGAGGGCCUGUCUGAGUGGGGUAGCUGGGACGAACCACAGCUGGAGACAAGUUAUCAACCUGCUAUGGCUGAUGUUGCCUCUGGGUGUGUUUUGGGCUGUCGUGCUGAUCAGCGUGUGGCUGUGGCUCCUGGAGGUCCCAGACCCCCAGACUGUCCCUUACUACGGCCCUGCUGUGGUGUUAUUUGCCUUGUCAGCAGUGCUGGAGCUCCUGUCUGAGCCUCUCUACGUCCUGGCUCAAGCUCACUUGUUUCUUCGACUCAAGGUGGUUGCCGAGAGCUUGGGAAUGCUCGCUAAGGGCAGUUUGACCGUGGUGCUGAUAGUGGUUGCACGUGAAUGGGGCCUUUAUGUCUUCUCUGCUGCUGAUUUGGCAUACACAGUAUUCCUGGUGCUGUGCUACGUUGUUUACUUCGUCCGUUUCGUGGGCUCUAAAGAGGCAGCCAGGGUGGAUUUUCCUCUGCACAGUGUUGGAGAUCUCUUGCCCCGUAGAGUUCAUGGAGAGCCGCUGUUUGAUUGGAGUCUGGCGCGGCUCACAUGGAGCUUCUUCAAGCAGUCCUUCCUGAAACAGAUCCUGACAGAGGGUGAGCGGUACGUCAUGACCUUCUUGAACGUCCUCAGCUUCGGAGACCAGGGAGUUUAUGAUAUUGUCAGUAAUCUGGGCUCCAUGGUGGCUCGCUUCAUCUUCCUACCCAUCGAGGAAAGCUUCUACAUCUUCUUUGCCAAAGUGCUGAAGCGAGGACGUGAUGUCAGAAGUCAGAUACAGGAAGACGCUGCCAUGGCAGCAGAGGUCCUGGAGUGUCUGCUGAAACUGGUGCUGGUGAUUGGACUCAUUAUCUCAGUGUUUGGUUACGCCUACUCUCACUUGGCUCUGGACAUUUAUGGCGGCUCUCUGCUUAGCGUUGGGGCAGGGCCCACUUUGCUGCGAUGGUACAGCUGCUAUGUUCUCCUGCUUGCUGUAAAUGGUGUGACAGAGUGCUUUGUGUUUGCUGCCAUGAGCAAAGAAGAGGUUGACAAGUACAACUUUGUGAUGCUGGCUCUGUCGGUGUCUUUCCUGCUCCUGUCCUACAUGCUGACGUGGUGGGCUGGCGGUGUGGGCUUCAUACUGGCAAACUGCCUAAACAUGGGCCUCCGCAUCUCGCACAGCCUGUUUUACAUACACCGCUAUUUCCAGUCCAGUCAAUGGAGACCUCUGCGAGGCCUGCUGCCCUCCCCGCUCCUACUACUGGCACUUGCUGUCAGUGCCGUUGUCACAGCGCUGUCUGAGGGUGUGUUCUGCUGUGACCACGGCUGGUUGUUCAGGCUGGUCCAUAUCGGUGUAGGAGGAGUGUGUCUGCUUUGUGUGUUGGCGGCUGUUCUUCUCACAGAGACUCGGCUCAUUCAAUUUGUGAGGACUCAGCUCUUGCCCCAGUACAGAAAGAAACGCACUUAAAUUAAACUGGAAGUGGAUGUAUUGGACUGAAGGAAAACGUCUGGUUUACUACGAACGUUCUAACAAGAGGUGCUGAUCGACAGUUACUGACUGUGUGAAAGCAACGAGGGCACAACUUUCUUAAAAACAGACCUGACGUGUGUGUGUGUGUGUGUGUGUGUGUGUGUGUGUGUGUGUGUAUGAUGCUGAUAUGUUUUGUACUGGAUCAUUCCUGUGUUUGCUCAUGUAAGUAUGAACAAACACGUCAUGACUGUUCAGGGAUCUAACUGUGGCCGUCAAAGAAAUAAAUGUAUUUUAAGAAAACAGUUGAAUUUGUGACAGGAGUUGUUUGUCCUCCACGAUAAAACAACCCAUGUGUGAUUUUAUUGUUAGUUUAAUGAAGAAAAGAAUAAGAGGAGAGUCUUCUUUAUAGAUAUCCUCCUGAGACCCUGUGUCCUCAUAUUACUUCAUUCUUAAACCUGAUUCUGCUUAACUUAGGCUGGUUGUCCUCGUUCCUGUACACUUUUUUUCACCAUCUAGUUGUACUAAGAGCACAAUAAACUAAUCCAUGUAAAAACAAGAUGGCAGCCAUCUCUGCCAAGUCAGUCUGCAGCUGAUCUCGACACAUGUGGACAAGGUUCAAAACCUGAUCACAUUUAAUGGUUGAAACUUGUUCAUUUAUGAUUAAUAACAUUUAUAGUUUGAUAUGGUAUACAAACAUUGCCAAUUUUAGCGAUGUUAAUUAGAAAGUACUCAUUUGAAGACAUUGGGGAAUUUAUCAUCAGCUCAUUGAUGGACAGUGGGACUUUGUUAUUGUCUUGUUUGAGGACAUUGGGACUUAAAUGUUGUUGACAAUGUUGUGGUUUUUUAUACUUACCAGAUGCUAUUAAUCAAAAAUAGCUAGGAGAAAUUAAAAAUGCAUAUUAAACAAAGGUUCGGGUCUCAGGAGGAUAUAAACGGCGCAUUCAAAGGAAACGAAAAGCACAAUGAUUCUUAUUUUCAGGUGAUCAUAAACUAAUGAAAACAUAGUCAUAAAUAUUGUAUACCAUUUUUGCCAGUAGAUAAAUCCUUCACACUGGACCUUUAAGUAACAUAUUUCAGUAAAAACUGAAUAUGGAGUUGUACUUCGUCACAUAUGACAACAUGACACAUCUUCAAUUAUAAAUACUUGUUCAAGUUAAUGCUGUGUAAACACUGGCACUUGCUCAAGGUGCAUUUGAUUCAAUCUGAUCCAUUUAAAUUUUCAGUGAUAAGACAAUCACGGUUGUUGUAAUUUGUUUAUGAAAACUGGUUUGGAUUUUGAACAUUAGCUUGUUCAUGUACUUUAUCUUAUGAGAUACACUUUAAG